UAUUGGAAUUAUUUUGUGGAUUUAAUAGAGUCUACGCAGCGUACUCCAUUCUCACUGGUAUUUGCAGGAUGUGAGAGUAGCGGCAAAUCAACAUUAAUUAACAACCUUCUUGAAAAGAAUGAAGUACCAAGGAAAACAUUGGCACUGGAAUUUAGUUUUUGCCGUCGCAGUCGUGGAUCCUGUCUCCCGAAGAUCGUUGUGCAUUUAUGGGAACUGGGGGGAGGCAUGAAAUUAUCUGAUUUACUCGAUGUUAUUAUUACAAAGGACUCUGUAAAAAAAUUGUGUAUUGUAAUUGUUUUAGACCUCUCAAAACCUACUCAACUCUGGGCUCAUUUAAUUCAUUUUAUAUCCUCCUUAGAAUCAAACAUUAAUAUUGCGUUGGAAGAGAUCCGGUCUCAAUCUAACCAUCCGGAUUGUGGUUUGAUAUCCACUUUCCCUGUUCCACUAACAAUAAUUGGUAGCAAAUACGACACUUUUCUUAAUUUCAAGCUGGAAUACCGAGAUCUAAUCGCUAGGUCGUUGAGAUUUGUUGCCCACUUUCAUGGUGCUGCUCUCUUCGUGAUAAUCCGGGAUUAUUUGAAUUGCUUGGCUUUCGAUACUUCAUUCCCAGUAAUACCUCCCACCGUUGAAGGCGGACCUCUCCACAUUCUUCCUGGACAGGAUUCAUUUGAUUCGAUAGGGCCUCCGCCAUCCGAUUCAUACUUGAAGCAGACUAAUGAGGGUACGCCAUUUCAACUAUGGGAAAAGGCUUUCACCAGACGAUUUCCACAGGUUUGUUGA